AUGCCGAAAGUGUCGCCUUCGGAGGGCUCCAACGACGUGCUCCGUAAAUAUAUAAGAAGAUCGAAACGUCUAGCUGUUUCGUUACAAGACAGAUUAUUCCCGUUCCAUCCGAAUGAACUUCUGUAUGUCCUGGGAUUGUGGGUACUAUUGGAUGCUAUUGGCUAUAACCCCUUAUCUACGGCUACCAAGGUCUUAGAAGAAGUCGCCAAGAUUGUAACGAGUCCUUCUCUCCUCUUGCACUUAACAUGUGUUUUGACUGUUGCUGUUCCUGCCAUUCUGACAUUCGUGAUGGUUGUUCGCUUCUCAAUCACCAUGAUGCUUUACUAUCAUGGCUGGCUUUUUGAAAGCAUCGGGAAAGCACCCAGUCUCCCAACCAAGGCUUUCAUGUUGGUUAUAAGUUUGUUGAGCAAGAGAGCGAGAUACUUCUCUUUCCAAGAUCUUAUGCCAUGGAUGAUUCCACCAAAAGUUGACGACACCAUUGAAAAAUAUUUGGAAACAGUCAGACCACUGUUGGAUGAUGAGAAGUAUAAUGUGAUGAAAGAGCAAUCUGAGGAAUUCAAGAGUACUAUUGCUUCAGGACUCCAGAGGAAGUUGUGGAUGAAAUGGUUGAUUUCAAGAAAUUACCUCUCAGAUUGGUGGAAGGAAGUUGUCUACAUGCGUUAUCGUAAUUCUCUCAUCAACACAAAUGUAGCCUGCGCUGACAUUGUUUAUCGUCCAACAACAAACAAUCAAGCUGCUCGUGCAGCAUGGGUAACUCUGAACAGACAACAGUUCUUAAUGGAAAUGUUCAACAAGAAUACAAUGAAGCCGAUUUCUUUGGGUGGAAUCCCACUCUGUGCCACUCAGUACAUUGAUUAUAACCGUACCAUUCGUUUACCAAGAGAAACGAGCGAUGUUAUGGUCCGCCUUCCCGACGCUAAACAUAUUGCCAUUUACUCCAAGGGAUGUUGGUACAAAAUUAACAUUUACAACGGUCGUCGUCUCAUCAAAGCAGCUGAACUCGAAAAGUCCAUCCAAGCAAUCAUUGAUGAUGAGCCAAGUAGUCAAUACGGAGAGAAGUAUCUAUCAGCCUUGACAGCUGGACCAAGAGAUCUUUGGGCUAAGACUAGAGCAAACAAGUUCACCGAAGGAGUAAAUAAGGAAUCUCUGGCCAUGAUUGAGAAUGCGCUCGAAAUUGUUUUCUUGGACGAAGAAGAGCGUUUCUAUGAUGAGAACGAUCUUUCCAAGUACGAGAGAGAAUACACACGUUCUUUGGGUGGUGAUGGAUAUCUUUUGUGGUGCGACAAGCCUAGUGUAUAUGUUAUCAGCAAAAACGGAAGAUUCACUUCGAAUGCGGAACAUUCUGUUGUGGAUGCCAUGAUCUAUGUCCAUGUCCGUGAAUAUCUCAAAUAUCAUGAAGCCUUCGACAAACCAUACGGGCCAGACGGACAUUGCAUCGGUGAUAUUGAAUAUGUUCCCAAGGCUGAACGAUUGAUCUGGAGUAUUGACGAGGAGACGAAUGACGCCAUCAAUGAAGCUUACAAAGUAUCCAGAGGAGUUGCUGAUGACAUGGAGAACGCUGCUAUUGUUUUCUCAGAGUAUGGAAAAGAUUUCAUGAAGAAAGCAAAAGUUUCCCCUGACGCUUUCAUUCAAAUGGUUCUGCAGAUGGCUUACUUUAAAGAUCAACAAAAGUUCGAAUUGACCUAUGAGCCAGCUGUAAUGCGUCUCUUCAAAGACGGAAGAACGGAAACUGUUCGCUCAUGUAGUAUGGAAUCUUGCGAAUUCGUACGCUCUAUGCUCAAUGAGAAAGUCAAAGAUGAGGAAAGAUUGAAGCUUCUUCACAAGGCUUGUGAGAGACAUCAAGAUUAUUACCGUAACGCUAUGGCAGGAAAUGGAGUUGAUCGUCAUCUCUUCGCUCUAUAUGUCGUCUCCAAAUAUUAUCAAAUUUCUUCUCCUUUCUUGGACAACGUUUUCAGCAUGAACUAUGCCUUGUCAACUAGUCAAACUCCACAACACCAAACAACAGAAUAUUCCAAAGCUUUGAAUAAAGAAAAAGACUUAUUCUGGCCUGCAGGAGCUUUCGCAUGCCCUGAGGGAUCAAACUAUGGCGUGUGUUAUACAAUCGGAUCAACUGGUGACUGUUUGAGCUUCCACGUCGCUUCAUGGAAAUCUCUUAAAAAUACGGAUACUGCUCGCUUCCGCACUCAUAUUGUUGAAAGCUUGCGUGAAAUGAAGAGCAUGGUAGAGAAUGCUACUUCAUCUAAAAAUUAA